GAAAGUAUAGAAGAAACAUAGAUUAGCAGUAGAAAUGCAAUGAUUUUGUAAUGUAUAUGACAAAGGGGCCCAUCCCUUUGAGCCUCACUAGUCACAGGUGGUCCUCUUCCAUUAAUUAAAUUCAUUGCUACCCACCAUUCUUAUCUUGCACCCAUUUAUUCCUCCACCUCUCCUUAUCCCUGCAACUCCCACUCUUCAACUAUUCUUGAGCUCUCAACAUACACAUACAUAAACACAUAUACAUGUCGGGAACGAGUAGAGGUUGGUCGGGGGCCGGGUGGAGCAGGGAAGAGGAAAAGGCGUUCGAGAAUGGCAUUGCGAUGCACUGGAAGGAGGAAUGCAGGGAGCAGAGCUGGACCAAGAUUGCUUCAAUGGUCCCCACUAAAAGCAUUUUAGAAUUGAAGCAUCACUACCUGCUUCUGAUUGAAGAUGUUGCUGCCAUUGAAGCUGGGAAUGUGCCAUUGCCUGAUUACAAUCCCACCACUGCAGCAGUUUCACCUUCAUUAACAUCCACCACUACUCAUAAGGACCCCUUUCAUCACAAAGACAAGCCCUUUUUGAACUCUAGCUUCUCCCCAGUCGAGCCGCCCAAGGGUGGUGGAGGCUCCAGCCGUUCCGACCAAGAACGGCGCAAGGGGAUUCCCUGGACCGAAGAAGAGCACAGGCUAUUUUUACUGGGAUUGGACAAGUUUGGGAAGGGGGAUUGGAGGAGCAUUUCAAGAAACUUUGUGAUUUCAAGAACUCCAACACAAGUGGCAAGCCAUGCUCAGAAGUAUUUCAUCCGUUUGAACUCCAUGAACAGGGACAGGAGGAGGUCCAGCAUACACGACAUCACCAGCGUCAGCGGCGACAACCCGUCAUCGGCCCACCUGCCACCGCCACUUAUAACCGGCCAACUCGCCCAUCCACCACCACCAGCCACAAUGAAGCAUCAUCAGAGGCCAAACAUGCAUGGAUUAGGCAUGUACGGUGGAGCGCCAGUGGGGCAGCCAGUGGCUGUUCCUCCCGGCCGUCACAUGGCAUCUGCAGUCGGCACUCCCGUAAUGAUGCCCCCGGGGCAUCACCACCACCUCCACCAACACCCUCACCACCACACACCUUAUGUUCUUCCAGUCGGCUGUCCCAUGCCGCCUCCUCCACCACCACCCAUGAAUUAAUGGCUAAGAAAAACUAAACAACUGUUCUGGCCUAACUUGUAGAGCACAAUUUUGCCCCAGUUGCUUAAAAAAAGCAUACGAGGCUAGAGAGAAUCUAACAAUAGAGGCUCUUACAAAAGGGGAAAGUGUACAUAGAAAAAUGUUUUUUCCACAUUCUUUUUAUAUGUAAAUAACAGAUCUCCCUUGCCUUGGUAA